GUCAAGAUGAACCGUAGACAGGUUAUUUUGUUGAAGUGUUUGAACUUAUUGACUGUUGUCACAACAACAUUUAUGAUCUGGAAGGGUUUAUGUCUAACUACAAAGACGGAGAGCCCUAUUGCUGCUGUUUUAAGUGAGAGUAUGGAACCUGCUUUUAAGCGUGGGGAUUUGUUGUUUCUCACAUUACAAGACAGUGAUCCUAUAAUGGUUAACAACAUUUGUGUCUUUAAACUACCAGGACGAGACAUUCCGAUAGUACACAGAGUGAUAAAAGUGCAUCAAGAUGAAAGUGGAAAAGAGUUCAUUUUAACCAAGGGUGAUAAUAACAAAGUGGAUGACCGUACUUUAUAUUCCAAAGGCCAGAUGUGGAUACACAAAGAACACGUCAUAGGCAAGGUGAAAGGAGUUGUACCUUAUGUUGGUAUGGCGACCAUAAUAAUGUCUAAUACUUGGUUAAAGUAUACAGCUGUUGGUACAUUUGCUCUAGUUUUUUUCAUAUGUAAUAAAGAGUAG